GAGAAAAAAAUCUAGUGAUUUUUAGGUUCGUGUUAAAUUUUACAUCUUAUAUAAACAGAUAUAUCCGCGAAACAUGAACUCUUCUGAAGCUCCACGCCAACGAAUUCGAGGAGAAUCUUUCAAACAGGAGUAUCAGGGGGGAGGUCGUCGACGGGUCAACAGAAGGCGAGACCCUUCGAUGAGCAAGGCGGAUAAUCGUUUUGUAAUUCCUGAUCAAAACGCAAAAUUUGAUGGUAAGCUUGUGUUAGUACUUGACUUGGAUGAAACACUUGUUUUUGCCCGGAGUGGUCCUUUGUUCGCUCGGCCUGGUCUAGAUGAGUUCUUUAAAAUUUGUAAGGAGAGAACAGUAGAGGUCAUUGUGUGGACUGCAGGUUUGAAAGCGUAUGCUCAGGCAAUUGUCGAUAACAUUGACAAGGAAAACGCAGUUACACACUGUAUCUAUCGUCAUAAUAAAUGGUUUACUGGGCAACCUGGCUAUCGAAAGGACCUUUCAGCUCUAAACCGACCUUUAGAUAAAGUGCUCAUAAUUGAAAACACACCAGAUUGUAUUCGUGGUUACCAGGAAAAUGGUAUUCUUGUUGAUGACUAUGAAGGUGGUGAAAGACCUGAUUGUACGGUUUAUGCUUUAAGUAAGGUCAUCCAAGAUUUGUGCGAUAGUGGUAUGAGUGUACCGAAUUUCUUGUCGAAUUGCAGUUUACUUGUGCGCUCUCAAAUUCAAACUGACAUUGGUGAUUUUAUUAAUGUAUACCGAUUGAACACAAAUCUUUGGGAACCUGGCACACAUGUUAGGAUCAAUCGCGAUAUUCUCUGUUGCGAUGCUAUAUCUAGAUGAAAUCAUUGUAUCUUUAUCACGUGUCACUGUUUAAUUUAAUUUCAUACUCUUAAAAGAACAACUGAGACCUGUUCAAUGCAUUUUAUAUAUACAUUUGUCUGUAUAUAAUUCAUUAAAAGGGAAAAUAGAGGACUAUUCGACAUUGUUAACAUCAUACCUCUUCAUAAAA